GUAACAAAUCAUGCGUGCACUACACAAAUGCAUUACAUAAAUGGCCUAAUUCAUCAUAGACGUCCAUUCCAUAUAAUUCAGUUUUGUGGGAUGUUGAUGGUUAAGACCUUUGGCUCUUAGGAUCAGCUGCAUCGAUCGAGACUGGAUUGAGUGCCUCUUCAGACAAGGAGAGAUCAAUAGUGCGGAUCGCUUUGAGGUAUAUGGUGAUCACCAGAGGACUAAACCAAAACAGUAGGUAAAAUUUAGCCACAAGACUGCAAGUUAUACCCGCUGAUUGAUAACUAUCAUCUUCGAGCUCUCGACCACAAUGGCAACGCUGGGAGCAACAAAACAACUAGGAACUGAACAGGCGCUGGAUGAGAUUGUUAAGACAUUUGAAACGAGCGGGGACUAUGCUGACGUAGAGGGCCUGGGAGAGCUCCUUCAAGAAUAUAAAAAACAGUUCAUGGAAUUCGAUGAGGAUAGAAGCGGAGACAUCGAUAUUAUGGAAUUAAAGAGAAUGAUGGAAAAGUUGGGGCAAGCGAAAACUCAACUAGAAUUGAAGAAGAUGAUCGCCGAGUGUGACCUUGACAAUAGCGGAACUAUAAACUUCGAAGAAUUCUUGAUCAUGAGGUUGGGGAAAAAAUCAAGCAUACUGAAAAUUAUUCUUACGUUUGAGGACAAGAUGAAGGGAAUGGAAAUGUCUGGAGGAUCUGCUUCGAAGAGGGACCCAUAAAGAAUAUUAAGGAGUCAGCCCCCCUUCCCCCAAGUCUAGAUGAUUGGGACUACUUCUCAGAAUUUACUUUUUUCUUUGGAAUUAGAUAUCGCCAAUAAUCCUGGCAAAUAAGAAAGUUAUGAUUCGAAUUUAAUGAUACGAUACACCCAAACCAAGCUAUUGGAAUAAUUCCCGCCAGGAGAUUGAUGUCUGCUGCGUUUUUACGUAGUUAUAAUAAUGAUAAUAAUAAAAAAAUAAUCUUAAAAAUAAACUGGUAAAUCCGUGUCUUUAUUGGCAGAAAAACCACUCAACUCAAAUAGUUCAUAAUGACUGCAGGGGCCGCGGAACGGUUUUGAAAGUGUGAAAAGUAAUUGUAAAUUUAACAUUUCUUCAAUUUCUUAAUUGUAAUUGUAACUGGGAGAAAGUAAUUGAGCCUAAUCCUGGCUUCCAUAGUAGUUUCCGAAGUUGAAAAAUGUAUUUUAGUUGUAACUCUCUAUGAGCCAGUCCCCUCUUGAUUAUGGUGAGGAUAUUAAAGGGGAACUUUUCACCAUGACGAAAAUUUGGAAGUAGAAAUACCAGAAAACAAAUAUUCAGAAGAAAAUCCAUCAAAUAUUGAGACAGUUAUUGGAAUGUUAGGUUAUUGAUUUGUGACGUCAUAUACGAGGCAGCUGCUCUGUUAUGCUAUAAUGGCAUUAUGUUUUUCAAUGGUUCAUGAUGUCUAAAAUAAAAACUUUCUGGAGCGGGUGUGACAUGCUGUCUGUUGAUAUUUUGAAGGUACAAUAAAAACUAUUAUCUUGUUUUUGAGCAUAAUAGCAUUGAUUUUUUUUUUACUUCACGAGACACAAGAAGCUGCUUGCGUACGACGUCACAAAUCAAAAGAUUAAAAUUCUAAUAACGCCUUAUGGUUUACGAUUGGUCUGCGACUCAAUUUUGGAAUAA